UGAAAUACAGGCCAAAGCUCGUGUCCACCAAGAUCAAACUCAUGAAUACCUGGGCAUAGCAGGCUCCCCGGUCUUAAUAGAACAGGCUCAAUUACUCACCUUCGGAUCCAAAAUUACCGCGAGACUCAAAUACCAAAGUAUCGCCUCCAUACAGACAGUCUCGGGGACAGGCGCCAACCACAUGGCCGCCCAGUUCCUAUCCCAGCAUCUGCGCCCGGCCCGGGUCUUUAUUCCGUCGCCAACAUGGAUCAACCACAGAACCAUCUGGGCGAUGGCUGAGGUGCAGGUUCACGAUUAUCCGUACUAUGCACCACAGACGCGAGCCGUUGAUCUGGCAGGCAUGCUCGCUGUGCUGGAGAACACCGCUGAGGCCCGCGACGUGGUGAUUUUGCAGGCGUGCGCGCAUAACCCGACAGGGGUGGACCUCUCGCAGGCACAGUGGGCGCGAAUGAUGGAUGUCGUGAAGCGGAAGAAGCUGUUUGUGGUUUUUGAUAUUGCCUACCAGGGCUUUGCCACCGGCGACAUUGACGGCGAUGCGUGGUCAGUGCGCUAUUUUGUCGAGCAGCUGAUUCUGAAUGGCCCGCCGGAGCACCCUGGUCUGUGCGUAGCCCAGUCCUUCUCCAAAAACUUUGGGCUGUACGGCGAGCGCGUGGGCGCUCUUCAUCUUGUCGUACCCCAGCAUCUCUCGGCGCAGGGCGCCCGCUCGAAACUAGUCGCCCUCGCCCGCGCCGAGUAUUCCAAUCCGUCGCGCUUCGGGGCCAGUCUAGUGGAGACGGUCCUAGCGGAUGCAACACUGCGGGCACAAUGGGAGCGGGACUUGGAGACUAUGAGCUCGAGGAUAAAGACUAUGCGGCGCGAGCUCCGAAAGAAACUAGAAGAGAACGGGGCCCGGGGGGAUUGGUCGUUUAUCGAGAGUCAGAUUGGUAUGUUUAGCUAUCUUAGCAUAGAUCGAGACCAGGUUGAUCGCCUGAAGAGGGAGUUCCACAUUUAUCUCCUGCCCUCGGGCCGGGCGAGUAUCUGUGGGUUGAAUAGGAAGAACAUUGACUAUGUGGCAAUGGCAAUCGCGCAGGUCCUUGGGUCGGGCCACAAACAGUCGCGACCGAGUUAG